AUGUCGGCAGACCAGCGAGUAGAGGGGUGUGGUGGAAGCAAUGGUGCCUCGACAGCACUACCACCGCUCACACCGCGCACGAUUGGCGGCAAGCCUAGCGAGGCUCCGGGCGAUGAGUACCAAGACGUGGCCCCGCCUCCGUACUCCAUGGAGAGCGCGAUUGGUUUGUCGGUACCCCUAUAUCAGCCGCACGCCCCAGCGCCGGGUACGGUCAUUGAUCCGGAUAUGGUCGAGGACCACGUUAGCUUUCUGCGCACCGUGCGCGCCUUUCACGAUUACAAGCGCCAGGCACUGGCUGCUCGCGAGAUGCGGUGCACGAACUUCCGCAAGCUUCAGGAUCAGCACCGUGAUUUGCUGUGUAUAGACUUGGACAGGAUCCUCGAGAAGUACCUAGAGUGCAUUGAUGUGAACGGUGCCUUCUUUGACGCUAUCUGCGAGGCAAGCGAGGAGCUGUUCGACAGCUACUGGCCCGAGGGUACGACGGUGUUGAUGAAGGAGGUGCCGCCGCCGACGCCGCUGGACAUGAACAAAGUUUUCUCGACACUGCGCCAGUUCGUGCGCGACUGGUCCGCCGAAGGUGUCGCGGAGCGGGACUGCGUGUACAAGCCAAUUCUGGAUACGCUGGACCACUGCUUUCCCAAUCGCGGCGAGCGCGAGAACGUGCGUGUGCUGAUCCCUGGUGCUGGACUGUGCCGGCUCUCUGUCGAGCUUGCCCUCCGCGGCUUCUUUGCCCAGGCAAACGAGUUUAGCUACCACAUGCUGAUCGCCGGCCACUACAUUCAGAAUCACGUGUUCGAAUCAUAUCAGCACAAGAUCUACCCUUAUAGUGACAGCACAUGCAAUUUAGUCAACCGCGCUGACCAGUUUGCCGAAGUGCAGAUUCCCGACUUGUGCGCCUCCGAGGCGAUUGAUGCGCUGCGUGACAAGGGCCUCUCCUUUGGCCAGCUUUCCAUGGUUGCGGGCGACUUUACAGAGGUGUACGCAAAGCCACACCAGCACAAGACGUGGUCGGUGGUGGCCACAUGCUUUUUUAUCGACACUGCCCACAACAUCAUCGAGUACCUCGUGAUAAUUUACAACCUUCUUGUCCCUGGUGGAUACUGGGUGAAUGUCGGGCCGCUGCUUUACCACUUUGCCGACAGUGCGGACGACAUGUCGAUUGAAUUGUCGCUGGGCGAGGUGCUGACAGUUGCGCAGAGAAUCGGGUUCGUGCUGAAUGGGCCGCCGUCGUUUAUCGACACGACCUACACGAAUAAUCAACGCAGCAUGAAGCAGCUGGUGUACCGAUGCGCGUUCUUUGUUCUGCAGCGUCCCUUGGUCGAUAAGCAGACAGGGCAGACGGGUGGGAGUGUGGAGGCAGAGGGGACUUAG